CAGCUUCGAUUCACAACCCAGCUUGACUUCAGCGGGAGCGACCGGCGAACGUUGCUGCACGCUAACGUUAUUUUGAACACAUGUGAUCCGCUCGCGUCACUCCGCGCCGUUUGUGUUCGUGUGUUUGGUUUUUCGCGUUCGAGCUUGUGUUCUUCGUUGCUCACCUGUGAGUGGUCAACAGGACGUCAGUGUACACUUGGCGCUUCGAAAGUGUUUUGUUUCGCAAUCUCUGUUGUGGAUACCUUGUGGCUAUCGUUCACUAGUUCCAAAGUGUGUCUGCAAAGUCUGAACGUAUUCCGAAGGACGGGCAAGUGGUGAUCGCCUUUGUUUUCUCUCUGUUCGUCCGAGUGGAACGACUUUGUCAUGUUGCGGUGCCUAUGCUGAACCGGUCGAAACGAGCAUCGUGGAGUUCCGCCAGUUGAGCUGUGAGCACGGCAGCAUGGCCCGUGUGGGGGUUGCGGAUCCCCCGAGCCUCGUGGGCACGGGUCGGAGUUCGGGCCGUCAGUCGUACGGACCGACACCUCCACCGCCUCCCAUCUGGACUGUGCAUGGCAGCGUCGGUGGGAACUACUCGCCGGACUCGCCGGGUUACGGGACGGUGCUUCCUCCUCCCCCGCCACCUCCCAUUGUGGCCGCCGUUACGGAUACUAGGCGAGCAGGGCGUGAGGACAUCUACGGAGUUGGGCAGCAAGAAAAACAGAGGACAUACCAGCAGAUUCCACUUCUCAAAGUUCGGGUGGACAACGCCGGGUACCAGGACUCGGAGCUGUCCCUCUCAUCGAAGCGACCUUACAUGCCCACCUCAGGAGUGGGGACAGUUCAUCACCACCACCACCUGCGACCCCUGUCGGAUCCAGGCUCGCCAGGGGCCAAACUCAAAAAGCGGCCCCUGUGCAGGUUUUGGAAGCUCCGUUUUCCUCAGGGUCCCGCAGGUUCCCCGUCUCGACGAUUCGUCGCCCUCCUACUAGUCCCCCUCGCCUGUCUAGUCAUCUUAGCAGCCGCUGCCGUCCUUGUGUACACAUUUUAUAACCGAUCCAAGGUGGAUUUUCGAAAAGAGGAAAUUCGACAAGAUCUCGAAUCAGCUAGCUGGGCCGUGGACGGCUCCUUUCGAGUGACGAAUCGAGGGUACUCUCCCGAACUCAUGGAUCACUCAAGCCGGGCUUUCAAAUCCCUCGCCUCCGAAGUAGCACGAGCGCUGGGCGAGUUAUUUUCCUUGGGACCAUUAGCAUCGGAUUACAACAUGACGCAAGUCUCGGGAUUCAGCUAUAGUGAAGGCAGCAUAGGAGUCGAGUGUCGGAUCAUCCUCAACCAGCCCUUGACAAAUGCUGCGCAUCAAGUUGGUUUAGCCUUCGUACAACUGCUCGAACAAGGGCAUGGAAUGCUUCCCGCCGGGAAUCUUCACGUUGAUAUUCGGUCUCUGAAGUUCACAGGGGUCAAGUCCGGAGAAGUGCUCCCUCAAGUUCUAGUUACACAUGGGCCGUCGUAUUUUGAUGCCGCAUGGUCAGCUUGGUCAAGCUGGACAGACUGUAUUGGACUAGAUGGACGUUGCAUCCCAAACAGAAUGCGAUCGCGUCGACGUGACUGCAGGUCCCAUCAUGGACGACGCACGGUGCUACCAGACAACCUUGCGUGCCUUGAACAGGGGGGCAAAGAGGUGGAGUUCAACAACUGUCUGUGUUCUUCUCCUACAACCACAACAGUGGCCACCACACCUGAACCUACAAGGCCACCUGACGGGCACAACACAAAUUCAGUAGGCUUGGCAGCGAAUUCGACCCCGAGUACGACAGCCCAGCCGAUAACCAAGCAUCUCGAGCAAACUGCUUCGCAGUCAUCUGCUGGUGACCGGAGGCCGUGUCACUCCUGUCUUGCUGGUGAGAUAUGUUUCAUGGCUAGCAAGGAAGCUACACCACACUGUGUGAAGCCUAAAGACCUGGAUGAUCCCAGGGGUUGUGGUGGAUGGUGCUCAGGCCCCAACGAGCUCUGCAGGAGACUGGAUAACGUCACAUUUCACUGUGUCGAUGAUUCUGAGUGCCUUCAUGACGAAUGGCAGUGUUCAAAUGGGCUCUGUAUCCCGGAACAGCGCAGAUGUGAUGGUCAUUUCAACUGCUACGACAUGACGGACGAAUACAAUUGUGAAUGCGGUAGCGAUGGUUUCCAUUGCGGCAACAACACUUCCUGUCUCCCACUGGACCGCCGCUGUAAUGGAUUUGUUGACUGCUGGGAUGGAAGCGAUGAAGCAAACUGCACAGCACUCUGUCCCACGUCUCAGCACACCUGUAACAGUGGCCAGUGCGUCCCCCUGGAUUUCUUCUGCGACAGCUUUCGCGACUGUGACGACGGUUCGGACGAGCCCCCUGGAUGCGACUCCCCCUGCCUCCCCCACCAGAAGCAGUGCCUAAACGGCCGUUGUGUGCCAAGUACUGUGUGGUGCGACGGUUUCGAUUCGUGCGGCGACGGCAGCGACGAGGCCAACUGCUCCGGCACGCCGGCUCGGAACCCGAACCCCUUGCUGCCGCUCCAGCCGAACUUCAGAAAGAGGCUCAUGGGUGCAAAAGGUGUUCCACCCAGCCUAAGAGCCAGGUGAUCGGCAGUGACUGCCACAAAGAAUGGACCUCAAUCAAAGGCGCGAUUUCGUUUCGAGCGGUUCUAGCGAUCGAUAACCGCGCGUGGACAGUGUACAGAAAGAACUUCUCCAAUUUUAGUAAUUCCUUGGCUCCUAAGGAGCCGCCAGUGACCAAGUGUGGUGCGCAGCAUUCAAGAGAACACUGUGUAUAUGUGCGCGUGUGAUUUUUAUAUUGAUCCUGCACAGGAAUGUGAACUCUCACGGACGUUCAACUGCAUUUUUCCCCCCGAGCGGACGAGUAGUUUAUGUACGAUAUGUUGCGUUUGUUUCUUUGUGCGUGUGCGGAAGAAAGUAUAUUACAUAUCGAAAUGCCUGCCCGAGCAGACACGUGGCAUCCAGAAAGUGAAGCCAGCCCGUGUACUUAAUUGUAUAGUUGACUUACAGUCUCGAGUUUGGAUGGAAAUGUGAAUCCCAAAAAACAACCAUCGGUGCUUCAGCGAACGAAAGAAUUCCAUGCCUUUUUAACGUACAGUAAUAAUGCCAUACACACCCUUGCGAGUCAUGUUUGCCAACUGCAUACUUGCUACUUUCACACACGGUAGGAAUGAAAGAUGCCCGCAUUUUACCUGAUAGUAGCGUACUAGUCAAAGGAAUAAAGAGAUGCUUUUGUAUAGGCCCCCUAACAUUUCCGAACAACCUGGAGACAGAAGCGAGUCUCUGUAAUAUAUGUAUGACCAAAAUUCCACAGAAGGAGGCAUUCCAGUGUAUUCCAUGGGCAGUGCUGCCAGGAGUUUCACAAAGCAACGCGAGCUUUAUUCAAUUGUUUGUAAGCGAGCAGACAAAUCCCGUAGCGCUACUUGGUUCCACGACAAGAUUCCAGAGACACCUCACACAUCUCGAAGCACAGAACAUGCGCACAGUUGCAGUCUCAUAUGACGACAGUGUUGUUUGAAAUUUUUUGUCCGUCCCAGGAGAAGAAAAGUGUCAUGUCGAGACGACUCUUUGGACCACCACCUGCCUCUGGUAGGUCACCGUAUUGAUGUUCUAGGUACAAGUUGUUGACAAAAAAAAAGUGUUUGAAACAUUUCAUUGAGUAUAGAAAAGUUACGAAACUUCUAGAGCGGUGUUCCUAUGCAAAAUACCUUUUUCCUUCAGUCUUGCAACAACCCGGAACGGACACGCGUUACCACUGUUACAAUGUUGCUUACGAUAAAGCGAGAAGAGAAUUAAUUUAUUUUUAUUGUAUUUCCUCAUCACUUAAUAUGUAAUAAAUGAAAUUACAAAAAAA